AGACGGUGUAACUUCACUGUUAAAGUUCAUAUCAGCUGCAUACCCGUGUGUCCGCAUGUAUGUUUUAAUUUGCUUUGGAGAAGCAAGUCGUCUUUAAAAUGCAGGUGACAGACAUUGGGAACAAAGAAGAGGGGAAAGUGUGGCAUCGAAAACCAACGCCAGGCAAGGGUGUCUUGGUGACAGUAAUCCGAACUGCACAACAGGCCAAGACAGUGCGUUUCCUCCAUGUGGCCUUUGACACCACCGGAGACUCUUUCCUGGCUGGAGAUCACCAUGGCAACAUCUACGUUUUUGAUAUUAGUAGAAACAGGUUCCGGCUGGUGCAGAAGACGGGUCAGGCCUGCACCGCUCUGGCAUUUAACCUCCGCAGGACCACAGAGUUCCUCGUGGCCCUGGCUGACUACUCCAUCAAAUGCUUUGACAAAGACACAAAGCAGCUAGUCAGUUGGAUGCGGGGUCACGAGGGAGCAGUUUCGUCGAUCUCUGUCCACAGUUCAGGCCGCUACGCCAUCACCACGUCCUCUGACACGGCCCAGCUCUGGGACCUGGACACCUUCCAGAGGAAGAGGAAGCUCAACAUCAGACAGUGUGUGGGCAUACAGAGGGUGUUUUUCCUGCCUCUCAGCAACACCAUCCUCAGCUGCUUCAGUGAUGACUCCAUCUUUGCCUGGGAGAGCGACACACUGUUCUGCAAAUACCAACUCCCUGUCCCCGAGUCUGGGCCCAGAAUCUACUACAAGGCCUUCGCUGUCACACGUGAUGGUAAGAGCCUUGCAGCGGGUGGGCGCUCCAACCUGCUGCACCUGUGGUGUCUGGACAGCAGACAGCUGGUCAGGGUGCUUCAGAUGCCCAGCCAGGUCAGGAGCGUCAGACAGCUGGAGUUCCUGCCUGACAGCUUUGACGGAGGAGCCAGCCAGACUCUCGGUGUAUUGAGCCAGGACGGUGUCAUGCGUUUCAUCAACAUUCACACCUGCAAGCUGCUCUUCCACAUGGGCUCACAUGAUGAUGCCAUCACCGCGGUGACCGUCAGCCCUAAUGGACGCCAUGUUGUGGCCAUCAUGGAUAAUGGCAGCAUCAAUGUCUACAGUACCCAGAGUCUCACACAGGAAUACAACAAGCCUCCUGCUCCCCGGGUAGCAGUAGUUACAGGCGGUGAGGCUGAUCCUGACUUCUCUAACCUAAAGGUCAAGGUGAGGUCAGACGUCGUUCAGAGACCAGCCAAGACCUCGGGCAGGCGGACACACACUAAGGUCCUCAGAGCCCCUGCAGGGUCUAUGGCAGAGGACAAAGAAAACGAGCUGCCUGCUGGUCUGAAUAAGAAGAGGCUGGUGGCUCUCCUCAAAGCCUUUGGAGAGUAUCCUGCUAAGUACAGGAUGUUUGUGUGGCGGUCUUUGUUGUGUCUCCCGGAGAAUCAUGCAGCCUACAGCAGUCUGACUGAUAAAGGUCUACAUUCAGCCUACCUCACUCUACAUGAGAAAUACCCCAUCAAAAGUCAUAAGCUACAGAGGGGACUGCAAAGGGUUUUGUCAGCGUUAGCCCACUGGGCGGCCAUCUUUGGAGAGACAGAGUACCUGCCCCUGGUGGCCUUCCCCUUCGUCAAGCUGUUCCAGAACAAUCCGCUGCUCUGCUUCGAGGUGGUGGCCACUGUCAUAGUGAACUGGUGCCAGCACUGGUUCGAGUACUUCCCAAACCCUCCUCUGAACAUCCUCAGCAUGGCAGAGAACGUCCUCGCCCAUCAUGACAAGGAGCUGCUGCAGCAUCUCGUGGACUGCGGCAUCACCUCGCAGCUCUAUGUGUGGCCCCUGCUGGAGACGCUGUUCUCAGAGGUGCUGACUCGUGACGAGUGGCUCCGUCUCUUCGAUAACGUGUUCUCCAACCAUCCGUCCUUCCUGAUCAUGGCCUGCGUGGCCUACAUCACCUGCUGCCGCGAGCCUCUGCUGCUCUGCUCCCAGAAACAGGACUUUGAGUAUUUCUUUCACCAUCGAAACAACCUGGACAUGGGAGCCAUGAUAAAGGAGGCCUAUCGGCUGAUGAGCAGCACGCCUGCAGACAUCCAUCCCAGGACCAUGCUGUCAGACUUCACACCACUCAGUAGGGGACAGUACCCCGUAUUCAACCACUACCCAGAGUUCAUAGUUGAGUACCAGAGCCAGGAGAGGGAGAGGAUACGACUGCAGGAGAUGGAGUAUCUCCGGGAGAGGCAAGAGGUAUCAGCACUUCAUGCAGACUGCUUGCGUCGCCAAGCUGAAGAGGAAGCCUAUUAUGCGCAACAGGGGCUGCUGCAGCAGGCGGAGGAUCAGCGCAGACAAAUCCUGGCACAGGAGGAGGAAAAACUGACACAACAAAGGACCAAGUUGGCCGCCAUGAAGCGAGAGCUGAAGGUGAAGGAGUUGCAGCUGUUGGAUGCAGCUCGAAGACGCUUCCUCAAACAUCAGCAGGACCUGAGAGCGUCACAGAUACAAAGACUAGACCAGGAGAUUAGAAGAAAGAUGGAUCUCCGGGAGCGAGAAACGGCCACAGCAGUUCAGGAUCUGGAAGUCAGACAGAUGGAGCUGGAGGCUCAGAGGAAACUGCUUGAGCAGCAACUGCUGAAGGAGCAGGAGCGUGUGGGUCAGGAGGUUCAGGAGGAAGUGGAGGUGAGGACGAGGAGGGCAGAAAGAGAGGAGGACAGCUUCAGAGAGCUGCUGCACAACACAGAGACAGACCUACAGGCCCUGGAGGAGUCCCUGGCGGAGGCGUGCCAGCUGGGCCUGGAGUCAGACUGGCAGCAAGAGGUGGCAGAGCGCCUGGACCAGGUCGACGCCGAGCAGGAGAAGAAGAGACAGAGACUGGCUGAAGUUCACAGGCAAACCCUGGCCCAGGAGGACAGACUGGCCGAUACCUUGAGAGACGUGGCGGGCAGGAAGUGGGAUGAAGUGAUGAGCUCCAGAGCCCAGCUGCAGGAGCAGCGCCACUCCUCGUCUGCAGCAGACACAGAUGGCCAGAGACAGGUGAGGAUAAGGGCACCAUGUUCCACCAGAGGACUGGCCCAGCAGCCCGUCACUACUAGCAGCACUGCUGGUGCUCACACUGUCACUGCCACUGGCACAAACACCAGACACACAGGGAGCAAUAUGGUGUGUCUGAACAGCCCCUCAGCCUCAGAGAGCACCUCCACCAACUUUUCCCUGGACAGAGGGCGGGCCCAGCUGGACAGCAGCGAGAGAGAGCUGAUGAAGGACAUCAGAGAGCUGAGACAGAAGCUGGCAGCCCGAGCCAGAGAAGCCGGCUCCGUCUCAUCACGGUCCGUCCAGUCACCGUCUCCCGUCUCCCAAUGACCGGACGCUCCACAGUGUGUCAGUCACCAUGACUUGUCUCAUCAAAUAAAACAACUCGACAGAAGUGACCACCAAGACUGAGAGACUGAGAAAGUGUUUGCCAGUGAGUGCUAACACACCUCUCCGUCCUCUUGUCACCUCCACAGUAAAACCAUAAUAUAUAAUACACAAUACCAAAUGGCCAUCAACCCAAACAACCACUCAAGAGAUAAUAGCCUUUUGCAUGCAAGGGACUCUAGUAAAGCAAUGAACAUGCUGGUCAGAAUGGGUUGGUAUGAUGGGAAAAUAUUGACGUGUAUAAAGUGUUGGAUUUUGUGAAUGGCAGCUGCUCCACUUUGGAAAUGUUGCACCUGUUUAUUCCAGAGGAGGAGCAGCUUUUUUGAUACCCAUAGUGCAAAAUAACAACUUUUAACAAUAAUACACUCAGGCUAAGAUGAUAUCUGCAUUGCCACAUUGGGGAUUAACCGCGAAACUGUGGUCAUAAGUUGUUUUUUAACAACAAUAAGAAAAAAUCUUUACCGUCACAGCCCUGUGGUACACACAAAAAUUAGGAAUUUAUCUCACAGUUCAGCAUUAUCAUACUGCCCUGAGUAAAUUCAGCCGUGUAUUCAUUGUUUUUGUAAUCUCCUUAGAUUCAUUUGGUUAACGUCUCAGUUCACACAUCUUAGCCAUACCGGACUUUAUCACGUACCUGCAAUAAAACUCCAUCUUGGACUUUCAUUUUAAUGUAUUUUAAAUGAUUUGUCUUAUUUAAAACCUGUUUUUGAGAUAUAAAAAGAUUUUUAAACCUUG